AUGGCUCAAAUUUACCAUGCUUUGAAGUCCAUUAUUUUAGAUUUCUUUGGUCGAGUCAAGCCUUUUGCUUUAGCCGCAGACACGGCAGCGUUAUACCGUUCACCUUUUUUCGGAUCACUUAAAUUAUGGGAAGACUCAAUUUACUUCGCUGUGCCUAAGAAACGUAGGACUGCAGAAGAAAGGCGAAUGCGAAAAUUUCUUUCUUUGAGAUCUGGAGAUUACAAACCUAGAGACGAUUUGACACCAUGUAAAUUCUGUGGUUACCUAAACCCUCGAAACUUUCUAUGCACCAACUGUUAUAGCAAAGUACGUGAGGAAACUAACUUUUUACGUUCACUUGUCAAUGGUCAACUUCCAAGUGAUCACGAAGUGAAAUUUAUUUAUAAUGAUGAUAACAGCACUAACGCAUCUGUUAGCAAUGCAGAAGUCAAAGUUCCUGGUUCUAGACCUUCAUGGUUCCCAUCUACUCUACAAGAAACAAAGUCUCCAGGUGGUGAGAAUUCAUAACAUUGUUGUACAUUAAUUCAUUAUUUCAUGCGCUCCUAGAUGACAGUUUAUAAAUACACAAUCAUACCUCCUAUUGUUUUCUUGUUUGUACUGUUGCCUUAUACACUAUCUAAACAUCCUAGUUAGAUUUACAUUCUUCAAUUACCCAGUAUUAGUUUCU